AUGGCCGGCCUCUUUCGUUCGUUGUUCAAAAGCAAAAAAUCGCGAAAAGAGAACAAAGAGAACACUAACGAAGACGAUUACAUUGUAUUCCAACCAUGCCCACAAUCCACUCUGAGCCGUCAGCGUACCGCCAGUUUCGCCGACGACUGUAUGCUCCCAGCGACCGCCGCGUAUCACACAAAAAGCGCGCCAAAACUGAAAAAAGGGCCACAAAGUUGUCCGGGCGGGAGUCGCGGCGGUAUUUCGCGUAGAACUUCGAGCCGCCAGACUUUCGACAUCGAUUCCGGUCAUGAUAGUCAAUCUUCGUCGGUUCGGCACUCGAGAAGUCAGAAUUCAGUGUAUUCAGAUGAGGAUGACGUGGAAAAUAAUGAGCGUGUUGAGAUGUUUGAGCGAAAAAGUCAAUAUUAUAUGCAAAAAUACGAAGAAUCUGAAAGACAACGAAGGGAGGAGCGUCGGAAGCAGGAGAGACUCGAACAUGAGAGAAAUAGUAUUCAGAAUGCAAUGUCUAAUAUGGCAUAUUGUAUGGCGUCGGUUCAGCAGAUUGAAAAGUUGAAAAGCGAGCGGGAUCAGUAUAAAAAAGAAAUGAGUCGGUAUAGGACAAAGUGUGAGAAGUUGGAGAAUAAAUUUGAGCAGUUGGAGACGAUGUCGCCGAAUUAUGGCCAAUUUCAGGCGUUCCUGAACCCAAUGCAACCAUCUCCAUACCAACUUCCACUAAAUGCGAAUCGAUACGAUGGUUGGAUGAGUCUCGCGAUGACUCCUAUUGGUUCGGAAGGCGCUGCCGAGUCGCUCAUCAAUCCAUCUGAUCUCAGUUUAAUCAGAGUGAAUGGUUAUUGUGGUGGCGAUGAAAUGAUUGAAUGUGCUCGAGCCGAUCGCGGUGAUGAGAUUGAAAGGAUCGAUGUGGAAGAACCAGAUGAUGACAUUCCCCCCGAGGACGUUUGGCGACCUGAAUGGGACGAGGAAGAUGAAGUUGUUGCUGUUUUGGAAGCAGUUGUAGAGCAUCUCGAAGUCAACCCAUGGGUUCGCGACUUUGGCGUCCACUAUAAUUACCCAGAGAACGAUAGAGAAGAAGACCAAGCCACACACUAUACUUCUCCAAAGUGA